CGUCCAAUAUUUAAUGGCCAUCUUGAGUUGGAAUUGUCAGGGCUUGGGCCGUGCACAAGACCUGGUGAUUCCGAAACUACGGGAGAUGAGACGAGAACAUUUCCCAGAUAUCUUAUUUCUUAUGGAGACGAAGCAAGGUAGAGAUGAGUUGGUGGAUCUUCAGGAGUGGUUAGGGUGUGAUAGGAUUAUGACUGUGAAUCCGGUUGGAUACAGUGGAGGAUUGGCUUUACUUUGGAAGAAGUCUGUAAACAUUUCUUUUAAGUAUGUUGAUAAGCACUUGGUGGACUUCGGUGUACAGAUGGGUAAUGACUCCUUUUUUGUAUCUUGUAUAUACGGAGAACCUGUUAAGAAGAACAUACCAAGGUUGUGGGAAAGAUUGUCGCGUAUUGGGGUUCACCGCAAGAAGGCAUGGUGUAUGAUUGGGGACUUCAAUGAUAUCAGAAACAAUGAUGAAAAGAUUGGGGGUCCAAGGCGCAGUGACAAGUCAUUCCAACCUUUCAAUGACAUGCUUUUGGUAUGUGAGAUGGCUGAGUUACAAGCGUCUGGGAAUAAUCUUACGUGGGGAGGGUUGAGAUGCUUAAAAUGGAUUCAGAGCAGAUUGGAUAGAUGUUUUGGAAACAAGCAAUGGGCCAGACUCUUUCCAGUGUCGAAUCAAAGCUUCCUAGAUAUGAGAGGGUCGGAUCACAGACCGGUCUUGGUUAAGCUGGUUGCGUCUACUGAGACGUACAUAGGGAACUUCAAGUUCGACGGUAGAUUCUUGAACAAACCGGGGGUUAGAGAGGAGAUCAAGAAGGCCUGGUUGACAAACCAUCAAUUCUUUGGGUCUACUGUUUCGGACAAACUCAAAAGCUGUCGGAAGUCUUUGAGUAGAUGGAAAAAGAAAUUCAACCUCAACUCUAGGGACAAGCUAAUGCAGAUCCAGAUAGCAUUAGAAGCAGAGCAAUCAUCGAGCUUCCCGUCGGUAGUGAGGGUGAAGUAUCUUAAAACCGAGUUGAUCAAAGCCUACGAAGAGGAGGAGAAAUAUUGGAGACAGCGGAGCAAAGAUAAAUGGGCGACCAAAGGGGAUCUCAACACGAGGUAUUAUCAUGCUUCUGUCAAAACUAACAGGAACAGGAAGAGAAUAGACAAGUUGAUGGAUGAGAAAGGGCAGUUACAGUUUUCUGAGGCAGCUAAGGCUCAGGUGGCAACGGAUUUCUUCAACAAGUUGUUCAAAGCAGGGAGUGAUGGAAACUAUGAGCAGUUGUUUGAGGGCUUUACUGCUAAAGUCUCUGAUACAAUGAAUGAGCUUCUGAUCAGAGAAGUAACCAAUGAGGAAGUCAGAGAUGUGGUGUUCUCCAUCAACCCAACAAGCGCACCAGGUCCAGACGGAAUGUCUGGUCUCUUCUUUCAGAAAUAUUGGGGAACGGUGGGGUCUCAAGUGAUAGAAGAAGUGAAGAAUUUUUUCAUUCAAGGGGUCUUUCCAAAGGAAUGGAACUAUACUCACUUGUGCCUUCUCCCUAAGAUCACUGAUCCAGUUCUAACGUCGGAUCUUCGACCUAUUAGCUUGUGCUCGGUGCUAUACAAGAUCAUCUCAAAGAUAAUGACUAGCAGGCUCAAACCGUUGUUGGCUGAUUUGGUAUCUCCCACACAAUCUGCCUUUGUUGAAGAAAGACUCAUCACAUACAACAUUCUCAGUGCCCAUGAGAUGGUGCACGCUCUGAGAACGAAUGAUAAGAUAUCUAAAGAUUUCAGGGCAAUCAAAUCUGAUAUGUCAAAGGCCUACGAUCGAGUAGAGUGGGGUUAUCUGAAGGCAUUGCUUCGAGCACUGGGAUUCGAGGAGGUCUGGAUAGAGAGAGUUAUGUUCUGUGUUUCUACGGUAACUUUCUCAACGCUGAUCAAUAAUCAAGCUUUUGGAUGCAUACAACAGGGAAGAGGGCUGAGGCAGGAGAUCCGUUGUCUCCAUUUCUAUUCAUUUUGCGUACUGAAGGGCUGAUUCACAUGCUGAAUAUGGCGGUAAGAAAUGGCAAGAUCCAAGGUAUAUGCUUUGAAGAAGAAGGUCUGAUGCUGCACCAUAUGCUCUUUGCCGAUGACAGCUUGCUAAUUUGUAGAGCAGAGGAGAACCAAGCAACAUAGCUGAUGAGGAUACUAUUGGUAUAUGAGAAGGCGACUGGCCAACAGGUGAGCAUUGCUAAAUCGGCAAUAACUUUUGGCGCCAAGGUACCCGAAGAAGUGAAAACAAUGAUCAACGGAGUUACCGGUAUUCAAAAGGAAGGGGGAUCAGGAACCUAUUUAGGACUCCCGAAAUGCUUUAGCGGAUCUAAGACGGAAAUGCUUGCAUAUAUUUAUGACAAGCUUAAGGACCGGUUGUCAGGGUGGUUUGUUAAGCAGUUAUCUCUGGGAGGGAAAGAGAUCUUAAUUAAGGCUGUGGCCAUGGCUAUGCUUAUCUAUGCCAUGUCAUGCUUUAAACUAACGAAGACAUCCUGCGAAAACCUGACAAAGGCAAUGGCGGAUUUUGGGUGGAAUUCUUUAGAACACAAGAGGAAGAUGCAUUGGCUAAGUUAGUUGAAUCUAUCAUUGGCAAAAGAGCAAAGAGGUUUAGGCUUCAAGGAUCUACAGAGUUUUAAUCAAGCAUUGCUAGCCAAACAGGCUUGGCGCAUACUCAAUGAUCCAGGGUCUCUGUUUGCUAGAGUAUUCAAGAGCCGGUAUUUUCCUCACAAGGAGUUUUUAUCUGCGACAAACGGCCCCAGACCUUCGUAUGCAUGGCGCAGCAUAAAAUUUGGUAAGGAGCUGCUCACAAUGGGGAUCAAAAAGAAGAUUAGAAACGGCAAAACGGUUUCGGUUUGGGUCGAUGCAUGGAUUGAAGGGGAGGUGAUUAGGAGACCUCUAAUGAAAAACAUCUUUCUUGAUCUCCUUCUCUGCGUAGAUAAGCUGAUUGACAAGGAAAAUAGAUGUUGGAAUCUCAAUACUCUACAUGAUCUGUUCUUUGAGGAGGAUGUGAUUAGGAUCUUGGCAAUGAAACCGGUUUAUAAAGAAGAAGACUUCUAGGUAUGGGAGCAUAACAAGCAUGGUGGCUACUCGGUCAAGUCUGGGUAUUGGUUAAAAACCAGAGUGACAAGAAGCGAAGAUAUAAGAGAAGCGGAGGCCCUACCGUCUUUAAAUGAUCUCAAGACUGCAGCGUGGAAACUCAAAACUCCUCCCAAGAUAAAAAUGUUUCUAUGGAGAGCGCUGAGCAAUGCAAUUUCUGUUGGGGAGUUGUUGGUUAAGAGAGGAAUCAAGAUGGAUCCCUGCUGUCAAGCAUGCGGAUUCCAGGGAGAGUCAAUCAAUCACAUACUCUUCACUUGUCCUAUUGCGCGUCAGGUGUGGGCUCUUGCGAACGUCCCUUGUCCUGAAGGAGGUUUUGAUUCAAUCUCUCACUACUCAAACAUUCACUAUCUCUUGUCUCUGGGAUCUAAUAAAACAGUCCCAAGUAUGGUGGUCAAUGCGGUUCCAUGGUUAACUUGGUUCCUAUGGAAGAAUAUAAACAAACUGCUAUUUGAAGGGAAACAAGAGUUUCUAAUGGACCUGGUUGACAAAACUUUUGCGGAAGCUGAGAUGUGGAACCUCGCUCAAGCCAAUAAGCAGCAAGCGGAAGCGGCAUAACGUGGAGAGGUUGCUCUGCAACAAAAAACCUGGAACCCUCCUCCGAGAGGUUUGGUCAAGUGCAACAUUGGGGUAGACUGGAUGAAAAGUACCAGUGUGGGAGGUGGAGCUUGGGUACUAAGAAAUGAGAAGGGUAAGGUUGUGCUCCAUGGUAGAAGAGCCUUUAGCGAGAUCACGAGUCUCCAUGAUGUGAAACUGGAAGUGUUAGUUUGGUCAGUGGAAAGUAUUGUGUCGCAUCACUACGACAGGGUGCUUCGCGAUUGAUGAUGAAGAUCUUACUCAAAUGAUCCUGAGACCAAAAGCCUGCCCGAAUUUCAAAGGUGAGACAAGACUUAUUAUAAGUAGAUUGACAGGAAUAGAAUGGUGGCGACUUGUGAAGAAAGCAAGGGCAAACAACAUAGGACCUCUCCUCAUUGCUAAAGGGGUUACUAAAGGAGGACAGAGGCAGUCAUAUGUUGCAUCAGGACCGCCGAUGUGGCUUCUCAGUUACUUUGAGAAUGAGGAAGUUUCAUUCCCUGUUUAGGGUCUUGACUAUUUUUUGGGGAAGUUUUUGGCUUUGGUAUAGCGACUGACUUGUGGUGCAGUCUUUCUAAUGGGGGUUGUUGUAUCUCCCCUGGGUAGGUUUGUGUUAUGGUUGCAGCAGAUGCAUCUUUUGUAUGGGAACCUUGAAGUAAAAUCAAUAUAAUCUAACAGAUGACAAAAAAAAAUAAAAGGGACGACGUUUCUCCUCCUCGAUUCUCCUCGCCCUAUAAUCGUAAGCUUGUAUCGUGGUGAACAUGGCGGCUGAGGGGUCGAUGCAGAAAGGAGAGGAGGAGUGGCGUGCGGUUCUUUCUCCCGAGCAGUUGAGGAUUCUCCGUCUGAAAGGCACCGAGUAAGCCUUUCUUUCUUUCUUCUCAUUUCAAGUCUGGUUGAAUCGAGUUUCAAACACAUUGGGAUACAAGGAUGUAUAGUAAUGAUUUAAGAUUAUACUCCUGAUGAGUAUAUAUAUAUGUGUUUGAAGAUUGUAUCUCUGUUACUAUACAGCUGCUUGUACCUUUCAGAGGAAGUUUCUGCUGUAGAUUUAGAACCUUUAAAGGAGACUACUCGAUUCAUUUUACUGAUUGUAAUUAAGCAUUGUUUGGAGGUUAUAUAAUGAUACUUUCUUUUAAACUGGAGAUGAAACCUUGUGAUAACAGAUUGUGAUGAUCUAUGAGUCUCUUUUACCUACAAAGUGUACUACGUGAGGUCAACUCUUAGAACUCUGUUGCACUGUCUGCUUAAUUGGCAGCUUGCAUCAAAGGUUAUACAACUUCUUCAAAGAUACCAUCUUUUGCUACUUUAAAAACUUGAGAUGAGAGCUUGUGAUAAUAUAUAAUGAUCUCUGAAUCUCUUUUACCUAUAAUGCAUACGCUGAGAGGUCAAUUUUAGAACUUGCUUGCAUUGUCUGCUUAUGAUCUGUUAUGUCUCUAUGACCAUGAAAAUGUCUGCGUUGUCUUGGAGUUUCUGACUUUCUGGUAUUUGAAUAUCAUAUUGAAUAAGUGAACUCGAGACUACUAGAAAAGUUAAAUGUCCUUUUUCUUUGUUUAUCCAAUUGUGGUUUGUUUUUUUGUUGAUUUUCAGAUACCCAGGAACUGGGGAAUACAUAGAUUUCAACAAAGAAGGGAUCUACGGUUGUGCACGUUGCAAAACGCCUCUUUACAAAUCAACCACAAAGUUUAACGCAGGUUGUGGCUGGCCUGCAUUCUUUGAUGGAAUCCCUGGUGCCAUAACUCGAACCGCAGACCCUGAUGGGAGAAGAAUAGAGAUCAAUUGUGCAGCAUGCGGUGGACACCUUGGUCAUGUUUUCAAAGGGGAAGGU